AUGGAAUCUCACCGCCACGUCCAGGUCCGGGAACUCGAUCUCAGUGCUUGCCACCCUUCCUCGAUAGUCGACAAAAUUAAUUCAGUACCGGCCUUGAAAACAAGUACUGCAUUCUUUACUUUUCUACGCGCCAACCUUGCUCUCAACCACUCGGCUCUCUCGUCCCAAACUAACACGCCGCUCCUCGAGCCCACCAUCACUUAUGUCCCCUCUUCGCCCUCGCCGCUAGGCGCAAACACGCCUCUCGUGCCACUCGACGACAUCCCCCCUCUCUCCCUCGAAAUCCUCACGAAUGAAGACGAAAAGACCGACGCCCUCCAGCUUGUGGCCGAAUCGGUCGUGGAACAGCGCAAAGAAGCAGUAAUAGGCCUCGGCACCCACCCUCUCUGCUUAAGCGGCCUCGUGACUUCCAUGGGCCUCGCCUUCCACUAUUCCUACGGCGCAAGGGGAAGAGAUCUCGCUGUACCCUUCUUAAUGUGUGCCCUCCUGAUGGCGACCUAUCUUGCUGCCGUUUAUUACCUUACGGCGGGGUACAUCCGCGUCGCCCAAGAUGUCAUCCCUUCGUGGGUAGCCUCGGGGGAUUGUAGGCGAGACAUUGUCCUUGCAGCACACGAGGGAAAUAAAAUCAUCGGGGCUCUCGUGCUGAGGCUAGAGCCUAGUUUUACCUCACUUAGUAGGCGCAAGGGUCGACACCCUAGCCUGAGAGGGGGAAGAUGCGUAAUCAAGGCCUGGACGACGGCAAAGCCGCACCGAGGCGAAGGGGUGGGAAUGAGCCUGUUGAGGAGGGCUGUCAAGUUGACGAGGGAGAAGUGCGGCAAGGAUGCCGCUGUGGGAUUCGCGAAAGAACACGCAAACAGCACCAUGAUCCUCCCCGAGAUGUUUAAUGGCUCGUUCAGGAAGCGCGAGAGGAGGGCGACGCAAGCGUUGGACGACGUAUUGGCGGAUCUCGACAGUAGCAGGAAAAAGAGAUGA